AGGAACUGGGUGAGGGGGAGGGAAGAGAAACAGAGAGGGAGAGAGAGCGUAAGUGAGAGAGGAAGGGUGCAGGACGCGCUCCAUCAACACAGCUUCAGGCUCGCCACACCGGACUGUCAUCCGUGGAGCGCACCGUCCGCAUCCAGAGGCUCCCUGGCGCUUUUUCACCUCUCCUCCCAUCGGGUUUCCAGUCGGGCUGCUCUGGCAUGGGUCCGAUCUGUUAAAAAAACAAGGAAAAAGAGAAAACGGCUUGAGGUGUAACCGGACCGUUAGCAGUUUGAUUUCCAGGUAGACCUGAAACAAACGCGCUCCGGACGAAGACAGAAUAAUGAUGGAGUACUGGAGGCAGUGCGCGCUGUGGCUGAUCGAAUGCAAGGUGCUCCCGGCUAGCCACAGGGUGACAUGGGAGUCAGCGCAGGUAUUUGACUUGGCUCAGACCCUCCGGGAUGGAGUCCUCCUGUGCCAUCUGCUCAACAACCUGAAGCCCCAGUGCAUCAACCUGAAGGAGAUCAACCUCCGACCACAAAUGUCACAGUUCCUGUGCCUGAAGAACAUCCGGACCUUCCUGGGGGCGUGCUGCGACUCAUUCGGAAUGAAAAAGAGCGAACUGUUCGACGCGUUCGACCUUUUUGAUGUCAGGAACUUUGGCAAGGUGAUGGUCACACUGUCCAAACUUUCCCACACAAGCAUCGCACAACAAACUGGAAUCAGACCUUUUCCUACAGAGGAGAGAGAGGAAGAAGAUGAGGACAUCUACAACCACCUAGAGGACCUAAUCGAUGAGAACGGCGUGGAGGACGAGGAGGAUCUGUACGCCUGCGUGUACGACGACGAGGAAGGAGGGGAGAUCUAUGAGGACCUGAUGAAGACAGAACCUGUUCCUGCUCCGACGUUCCAGAGGCAGGCAGAGAUUGACAUCAGGAGCUGCUGUUUAACAGAGAUCAAGCAGACAGAGGAGAAAUACACUGAGACCUUGGAGUCUAUACACAAGCACUUUAUGUUGCCCCUCACUACAUUUUUCUCUACGGCUGAGAUGGAGAAGGUGUUUGUAAAUAUUAAGGACCUGGUUGAGGUUCACAAGAGUUUACUGGUGGAUAUCCAAGAAUCAGUCCAAAACAGAAGUUCCCAGAACCUUUACAAAAUAUUCAUCAAUUUCAAAGAGAGGUUGUUGAUCUAUGGGAAAUAUUGCAGCCAUGUGGAAACAGCCAUCGCCACCCUGGAUGACAUCUGCAAAAACAGAGAGGAUGUACGCAUGAAACUAGAGGAAUGUUCAAAGAGAGCCAAUUAUGGCAAGUUCAGCCUGAGAGACCUGCUGGUGGUUCCCAUGCAGCGAGUGUUGAAGUAUCAUCUCCUUCUGCAGGAGCUGGUGAAACACACGCAUGAUGCCUCAGAAAAAACAAAUCUACGGACUGCAUUAGAUGCGAUGAAGGACUUGGCGCAGUACGUCAAUGAAGUCAAAAGGGACAACGAGACUUUGCGAGAAAUAGAUCAGUAUCAGAGAUCCAUUGAAAACCUGAACCAACCUUUGAGCAACUAUGGAAGACCCAAAGGCGAUGGGGAGGUACGGGUGGCCUCGGUAGACAGACGAGCUAAACAGGACAGGCAUAUCUUCCUGUUCGAUGCUGCUGUGAUUGUUUGCAAGCGUCGAGGAGACAACUAUGAAAUGAAGGAAGUGAUCGACCUGCACCUCUUCAAGAUUACCAACAACCCAACAUCGGACAAGGAGAACAGAAAGUGGUCCCAUGGAUUCUACCUCACUCACAACCAGGGCCAGAAUGGCUUUGAGUUUUUCUUCAAGACCAAAGAGCUGAAAAAGAAGUGGCUGGAGCAGUUCGGCAUGGCCAUAUCAAACAUUCGUCCUGAGAAUGCAACCAACAAUUUCCACGAGUUCCGGAUGCACACCUUUGAAAAAAUCACCUCCUGCAACUCUUGCCACAUGCUGCUCAGGGGGAUCUUUUACCAGGGCUACCUUUGCUCCAAGUGUGGGCUAGGCGCACAUAAAGAAUGCCUCGGACGCUUUGGCACCUGUGGAAAAACAGAUCCCGGCUCCGUCAGAACUCAGGGCAGACAUCGAGAUCCAGGACUGCCCAAGAUGAUGGUGAUCAGGAACUACUUUGGCGUGCCGAGUCCUGCUUCUGGCCUGGCACUCACUAUCAAGCACGGAGACACCAUCGAAUUAUUAUGCGCCGACCCACACAGCCCCUGGUGGCAGGGCCGGAACCUGUCGACGAAAGAGACUGGCUUCUUUCCAAGUGAUGCCGUGCGGCCGUGUCCGUGUGUGCCAAAGCCCGUUGAUUACUCCUCACAGCUGUGGUUUGCUGGUCCGAUGGAGAGAUUUCAGGCUGAAGCAGAACUCAUCAACAGGGUCAACAGCACCUAUUUGGUCCGCCAUCGCAGCAAGGAGUUCACAGAGUACGCCAUCAGCAUAAAGUACAACAACGACGUGAAGCACAUAAAGAUCCUGACCAAGGAGGGCUGCUACUACAUUGCAGAGAACAAGAAAUUUAGGAGCAUAAUUGAGCUGAUUGAGUACUACAAACACCACUCUUUGAGGGAAGGCUUUAAGAGCCUGGAUACCACCCUGCAGUUCCCCUACCGGGAACCGGAGAACGCCGCCGUGCACCGCUUCAGCCGGCCAGGCAGCAACACUCCAUUGCUCUGCGGCCUCUCUCUCGUAACUCCUGCCGGCUACAGCUUUAUGCCUCCUUCCUCUGCUCCCUUCUGGUCAGUGCUGACACCUAAAGUUAUUGGUUUGGCCAUAGCGCGCUACGACUUCAGCUCUCGAGACACCCGGGAGCUGUCGCUGCAGGAGGGAGACGUGGUGAAGAUCUACACAAAGUCUGGAGCCAACGGCUGGUGGCGAGGCGAGGUCAACGGCCGGGUCGGCUGGUUUCCUUCGACAUACGUGGAGGAGGUUGAGGAAUGAGCGGCUAUGUGAAAAUGAGUAGGAUUAAAGCAGAGGCAGCGUACUGAGCGGCUCGGUCGCUCGACUCUCCUCCAUGAAGCCCUGUUGCC